UUACCGCCGAAUCCAUACGCUCAUCCACGUUACCUCUGUCUGAUCGACUGUUAGUGUUGGCUGUUACCGUGACAGCCUCACACAGCAUACCAUUUUGUGGCGACAUCUCAUCUCACGAGUAUGCAAAAAUCGCACGUUGGUUCGCUGAGAGCAUUCCCGGAGCCUCCGGUCAAGUCGAAAAAUGGCUCGGUGGCAUGCCUUCAGUGCACGCUUUCACUUUUGUUGUUGUUCAUCGAAAGUGAGCUUUUGAAGGUGGCUUGGGCUGAUCUCAUGAUAAGCUAUCCUGCCGACAGCUUCGUGGCUGACGUAGACCUCGAGUGUCUGACCACACUAGAAGGAAGGAUGUUCGAGGAUUCCGAAGAAGCAGGACUUGCAGGCAACCGGCAGUGGGGUUUGGAUGCUGGUCAACAUCACAGGCAGUGGAACAUGUGUCUCAAUAUUCCUACUGAGUGGGUUCUGGAUAGAGAUUACAGCGAGAGCGAACUUGAACGCGGCCCUUUAUUCAGCGAUAACUCUGAUGCCACGUCUGCAGACGAGUUGUCCAACGUUGUAGUUCCUUCGCUGCCGGCUGAAGAAGAGAUUGCGCCCGUGAAACGUCAGCCUUCACUGCCAGCUGAAGAAUGCGCACCGUUAAGCGUCGACGUGCUUCAAAGAGGGUCCAGAGAGGGAGGAAAAGAAAAUAGUCAUCGGCUGAUGCGACUAGUAAUAUGUGUCCUUAGUGUAGAACACUGGCGCGUCAGUGGCCGCGUCAAGGCUUGUCAGUGCCGCGUCAGUUCCAAGGAAAUAGUCAUCAGCUGAGGACUAGCUAGUAGUAUAUGUGCCUAUGGUGAAUAAAAUCAACGAAGGAAUGAUCAUGAACCCAUACAACUUGAUGUGGAAGUCGAAU